UCAUCACCACGCACAAGAUCCCUUUCACGACCAUUACAAUCCAAUAAUAUCCGAAAUCCCUUUCAAGGCCACACUCUAUCAUAAUGCUUGAAGCACGGUUGGAACAGGCAGCCCUUCUCAAGAAGGUUGUCGAUGCCAUCAAGGAGCUGGUCCAAGAAUGCAACUUCGACUGCAAUGACUCCGGCAUCGGUCUCCAGGCCAUGGACAACUCCCACGUCGCCCUCGUCUCCAUGUUCCUGAAAUCGGAAUCCUUCUCCCCCUUCCGCUGCGACCGCAACAUCGCCCUUGGCAUCAACCUAAAUGCCCUCCAAAAAGUCCUCCGCGCGGCCCAGAACGAAGAUAUCCUCACUCUCAAGGCGGAAGAUGCUCCGGAUGUCGUGAACCUCGUGUUCGAGAAUGCGACGGCCGAUCGGAUCUCGGAGUACGACUUGAAGCUUAUGGAUAUCGAUCAGGAGCAUUUGGGGAUUCCUGACACAGAUUACGCGGCGCAGAUCUCGAUGCCGAGCUCGGAGUUCCAACGAAUCACGCGUGACUUGAGUGCCAUAUCUGAAUCUGUUACCAUUGAGUGUAACAAGGAAGGUGUCUCGUUCGCAUGUGAGGGCGACAUUGGCAAAGGGAACAUCAAGCUGCGCCAGUACACCAAUGUCGACAAGCCGGCCGAGAACGUCGAGGUCAACAUGACCGAGCCUGUCGCGCUUACCUUCGCUCUGAAGUAUCUCGGAAACUUCUGCAAAGCCAGCGGUCUCAGCGAGCAGGUGAGGUUGUGUUUGAGCAACGAGGUUCCGCUCAUGGUGGAAUAUGCUUUGGCAAACAACAGCUACAUUCGAUUCUACCUCGCGCCGAAGAUUGGAGACGAAGAUUGAGCGGAGAUGGGCGAAUGACCAGGAUGAGGGAAUGAUAUCCGCAUCGACUUAUGACUCGGUAGAAGCACGAGUGCAGUGCAUGAUUAGCUUACUUUGGCGGCAUCCAGCCAUGUACUUCUGUUUCAAUGCGGCGUAUACAUGGGAUUGACAGCUCUUGGCCAGGAGCGUUUUGUUAAACAACAGAAAGGUCUUGAUAAUGACGCUCUAGCUCGAAUACAAUUCAUCUUGUCAAGAUGCCUUCAUGUUGGACCGGCUAAUGUAACCUCGCUCUCCGGACACAACCGACAUAUUCAACGUCCAUGUCCACCGUAUCUAUCCUAUGAUCGACCUAUCCUGUUCCGGCUCGGAUUAUUAAACGUUUAACCAA